UAUGUUUCUUAGAUAGAUGUGUCGAUCUAUCCAUAAAGACAUCGUGGUACAAGGUUAUUAAGUAUAUUUUUCGUGUGUGCAUGUUAAAUAUUAAUGAUCAAAUGAAAGUAACGACUCCAGUUAACAAAGAAAGUUAAUGACCGGAAUUUAUUUUCAUACAUACUUUCGGUUUAUAUUGAAACAUCGCUCGAUUUUGUUUUUCAUACCCUUUCAAAGUAAACGGAGGUGGCUGUAUUCAUUUAUUUAUGCGGAAAUCAAGCAGAUUUAUGAAUUAAGUUGUGUAGGCCUAAGGGAACCAAUAUAUUCAGGAUAAAUCUAAAGAGAUACAAUAGUUUAUACUGAAAAUGACUCGUAAAGGAAAUUCAGCAACACAACGACUGAAACAGGAUUAUCUUCGCAUCAUCAAAGAUCCAGUACCUUAUGUUACUGCACAUCCACUACCAUCAAAUCUGUUGGAAUGGCAUUAUGUCGUGAGAGGACCUGAGGGCACAUCAUAUGAAGGUGGAAUAUACCAUGGUAAAUUGGUGUUUCCAGGAGAGUUUCCAUUCAAACCCCCUAGCAUCUACAUGAUUACACCAAAUGGUAGAUUCAAGUGUAACACUAGACUUUGUCUUAGCAUCAGUGAUUUCCAUCCUGACACUUGGAAUCCUGCUUGGUCUGUAUCAACUAUACUAACAGGUCUUUUGAGUUUCAUGGUAGAAAAGAAUCCAACUCUUGGCAGCAUAGAAACUUCUGUUUAUGAGAAAAAACAACUAGCAUGGCAGAGUUUGGAAUUUAACAUGAAGAAUCAGACAUUCUGUGAACUUUUUCCAGAUGUUGUACAGGAGAUAAAAGAAAAACUGGAGCAACGACAAGCAGCUGAUCUGCAAACCCAUAACAGGUUGACGAGUGAGAGUGAUCAGGCAGGGUUUCUGCUGCAAGGAUAUUUUCCUUACCAUGGUAUACUUGGUAGUGCUCUAGCUAAUGUCAUUGUCAUUAUAGGAUUUGCUGCUUUUGCAUAUACUGUAAAAUAUGUACUGACAUCAUUAACCAAGUGAUGGUCCACUUCUUCUGUGAUGCUGUGUAGUAAACACAGAAACAAUGUUAAGAGAUUGGCUCUACAUUUACACGGAACAGUUGUACAUAUGUUGGACUUUGUGACAUCGAAGAAGCAGCAGUGUGGGGUGUAGCUAUGGAGAGAAAUAAAUUUGUUCUAUGGAAAGUACUGUGGUGUAUUUAUAAAUAUCUUGAUGAACUAUUAAUUAAUUAUUAGUUAAUGUGCUACUCUUUCAUAGUGUGAGAACAAAAUCUUUCAGAUACAAACUUACAAAACAAGGCUAGAAUGUUCUAGUUACACUGUAUAAGAUUAGAGACUAGUGUGUUGUGAUUAUGCAGUAAGAGAUCAUAGACUCAAAAUAUUGUGGUCAUACAGUAAAAGAAUACAAUCUGUAUUGUGGUUAUAAAGUAGGAGAUCAUAGACUGGAAAUAUAGUAAUACAGUAAAAUAAUACCAUCUGUAUUGUUGUUAUAAAGUAGGAGAUCAUAGACUGGAAAUAUAUUAAUACAGUAAAAGAAUACAAUCUAUAGUGUUGUGGUUAUAAAGUAGGAGAUCAUAGACUGGAAAUAUAGUAAUACAGUAAAAUAAUACCAUCUGUAUUGUUGUUAUAAAGUAGGAGAUCAUUAACUGGAAAUAUAGUAAUACAGUAAAAGAAUACAAUCUAUAGUGUUGUGGUUAUAAAGUAGGAGAUCAUAGACUGGAAAUAUAGUAAUACAGUAAAAGAAUACAAUCUGUAAUGUUGUGGUUAUACAGUAGGAGAUCAUAGACUGGAAAUAUAGUAAUACAGUAAAAGAAUACAAUCUGUAUUGUGGUUAUACAGUAGGAGAUCAUAGACUGGAAAUAUAGUAAUACAGUAAAAGAAUACAAUCUGUAAUGUUGUGGUUAUACAGUAGGAGAUCAUAGACUGGAAAUAUAGUAAUACAGUAAAAGAAUACAAUCUGUAUUGUGGUUAUACAGUAGGAGAUCAUAGACUGGAAAUAUAGUAAUACAGUAAAAGAAUACAAUCUGUAGUGUUGUGGUUAUACAGUAAGAGAUCAAAUAUAGAAAUUUUUUGGUUAUGUAGUUAUAGGUUAUGGGCUAUUGUUUUGUGGUUAUACAGUGUAAGAUUAAAAGCUAGUAUUGUGUUAUAUAGUGGAAAGUUAUAUAGGGUACAGUAUGUAGUGUUUUUAUCAUCAUUAGUGAGACUGGGAGUGUAAGGUAGGGUACAGUGUAUGGUGUUUUUGUCAUCAUUAAUAAGGCUGGAAAUGUAAGGUUAGGUAAAGUAUAUAGUGUUUUUGUCAUCAUUAGUGAGGCCAAGAAUGUAAAGUAAGGUACAGUGCAUAGUGUUUAUCAUCAUUAGUGAGGCUGGGAAUGAAAAGUAGUGUGCAGUACAUAGUGUUUUUGGGUUCACUAAGUGGAGUACUAUACGUAGUGUUUUUGUCAUCAUUACUGAGGCUAGGAAUGUUAGUAUAUUAUUAACAAAGUUUGGGGAGAAUUUUUGAUUUUGGUAAAACAUCCAAAUAGGUUUUGUUUGUCCAUUGUAAUUUCUUUUAAGCAUUGCAAAAGGCUUUAGCAUUGUGGUAGAUGUUUCUAGCACUGGUUUGAUCAUUCUUAAGUACACAAGUUAACAAUUUAUCUAUGAUGCCUAUGGGUGAUGGCUGUGUUAAAACACAGAAAAGUCUUUUACAAUGUUCUGUAGGAAACUGUCUUGUUAAACCAUAACCAAAAACUGAUAUAACAUACAACUUUAUUGUGGUCUGUAAAUUCUCUUUCAGUUUUGAGACAAGUGUACUUAUGUACUUGAGAAUGAUCGCACCAGUGAUCGAAACGUCGUUCCUGUUCUAAAAAUAAAUCUUAGAUAAUGUAAAUGCUGUAACUUAUAAUUAAUCAGUAAGUAAACUCAAAACAAAACUAUUUUGGUAGAGUGUUUGUAUAAUGCCAUGUUUUUGUUUGAUGUUAUGUGUGGAAGAUCAAAGGAGAAGUAAAUUGGUGUAGUAGGUUUUAUAUACACUUCAGUAAUAAACUUAUAUUGAACCUUGGAAUUUAAACAUUUAAGAACAGAUGACAGUGAAGUCAUUAUCAUGGCUUGUAAAGUAAAUGCCUUUAUUGUUAUGGAUAAAAAAUAUUGUCAUGAAUAUAAUAAUGAAAAUUGUGUCUAACCAAGCUCAUUUUCAGAUACUUCCCAAAAAUCUCACCAAAGCUAGAGAAAAACACUUAACAUAUGCCUUCUUAAACUUAAAAAGAGGGUCUACCUUACAACAGUUUAUAUCAAUUUAAAGCAGCUCCGGUGCCAGUACGUCCCAAAUUAUCAAGGAUGACUGCACCCUAUUGCUUACAUCUUUAACAGUUUUAGUUAUAACCUAGUAAACUUCUUGUUCUGGGUGUUUUCUUCUUGUGCUUCUAGAGACUCAUGAUUCAUUUUAAAUAAGAGGUCUUUGUUAAAAAAGAACUAGAUAUAUUUGAUCACUUUGCUAAUAAGCUUUGACAUAAUUAUUAAUUAAAGUACUUGCUUUGGAAGCCUGACAUAUUUCUUUAGAAUUGCCACAGAAUAACUCUUUAAGAACUUUACUCCCCUGUAAAGUCCUAUCUAAAUUUCUAGAAUUCACAACAACUUUACUUGAGCUUUAAUCAAACUGAAGAUAUGAUUAUGGGAUUUCCCAUUGUUUCUCUCGGGCAAAUGUCAUCAGGACUAAACUUGAGCAAAGGACUUUUAAUACAUCUAUAUAAGACCCUAUUUUCUGGCUACAGCAUGUGGAUGAUAUUAUUGUUGGCUAUAUUGUACAACCAUCUUAACGACCAAUUUCCCUCCAUCAACUUCAUUAGAGAGGAUACGGUCCUUUUUCAUUCUUAUUAGUUUCCGAAGUUCAACGGAAGUUUAUUACUGAAGCAGUUCACUUUUGCUUUGGUAAUCUGUACAUGUCACCAAUCACAUGCCAUUAUAAAAACACUGCCAUAAUGUUAAAACCAUUUGCAAUACUCAAACUAAGUUAGAAAUGGAGAAACAACAUUUGUUUAAAUGCUUUAACAAAAUCAACAAAUACCUUUCUAACUUAGUUAAUAAUAUACUAUAAAGGUCUUAAAAUAAAUACAAAUAUGAAGACAUACCCAAUAUUGAUAAGAAAAACACCAUACAGUAUCUUACUUUACAUUAAAUUAGUAUAUUAAAUAGAAUGUACCAUAUGUAAUGCUAAAUAUACUGGAAAAACAGAAAGAAACUUAGACACUAGACUCAAUGAACACAAAGUUCCUCUUCUUGAACAUUGAAACAAUUUUAACAUAACUGAAACAGCCAGUUUUAAACUAUGAAAAUUAUUUCAUCAUUACAAAAGUAAUAGGAUCUUUCAAGCUUACCAUGAAUAUGCACCCCUAUAUCUCUAUGUAAUGUGUUUGAAACAAACACCUGACAUGGGUAUGAAAGGACAAGAACCUGCUGGCUAUGUUUUUGACCCAAACACCUGACAUGGGUAUGAAAGGACAAGAACCUGCUGGCUAUGUGUUUGACCCAAACACCUGACAUGGGUAUGAAAGGACAAGAACCUGCUGGCUAUGUGUUUGAUCCAAACACCUGACAUGGGUAUGAAAGGACAAGAACCUGCUGGCUAUGUUUUUGACCCAAACACCUGACAUGGGUAUAUAAUGACAAGAACCUGUUGGCUAUGUGUUUGACCCAAACACCUGACAUGGGUAUAUAAUGACAAGAACCUGUUGGCUAUGUGUUUGACCCAAACACCUGACAUGGGAAUGAAGGGACAAGAACCUGUU